GCUACUGGGGGCGGGGCCCAGAGGGGGAGGGAGAGGUGGGGGGGAGGGAAGAGGCUGCAGAAGCCGAAGCCCUGACCCACCGGCAGGCAGGGGCUGCGGCGGCGCGGACCGUCCCCCAAUACCCAUCAACUCCUCCGCGAGGCUUUCGGCCGCCGCGUGAAGCACAAGAUGGGCACUGGGCGGGCAUCACCUACGAGUAAGCACCUUUGAUUGCACUCAGCAGCUCGCCGCUCCCACCACCACUUUUGCACAGGGGACCGGAGGAGCCCGUGUCGGGGCGACACGGGGACACCGAGCCCCCGCCAGCGCUGUUCACCCUUUGCCCGCAGAGCCGGCGCCCCCCAUGCGCCAGGCAGCCGAUCGGUGGCGUCUGGGGGCGCCAUGGCCUCGGCGACCGAGGCGGCGGCGGCGGCGCCGGGCGAAGCGGAGGAGACCACUCGGCUCCGCAAACCGCGGUUCUCCUUCGAGGAGAACCAGAUCCUGAUCCGGGAGGUGCGCGCCCACUACCCUCAGCUCUACGGCGCGCAGAGCCGUCGGGUGAGCGUGGCCGAGCGGCGGCGUGUGUGGGACAGCAUAGCCAGCAAGAUCAACGGCAUCACCAGCUGGAAGCGCACGGGCCAGGAGGUUCAGAAGCGUUGGAACGACUUCAAGCGCCGCACCAAGGAGAAGCUGGCCCGAGUGCCGCACUCCACGCAGGGCGCGGGGCCCGCUGCCGAGGACGCCUUCUCCGCGGAGGAGGAGACGAUUUUCGCCAUCCUGGGGCCGGGUGUGGCGGGGCCCGGGUCUGGCGCUGGGGCUGAGGAGUCCCCGGCCGCUGCCUCCUCACAGCCGCAGGCUCCGACCGCUGGUACGCAGCGGUAUGUGCUGUCGGAGGACCGCAGGCAGGAUCGACGGGCAGAUACCCCAGCCCCCAGCAAAGGGGGCUCCAGCAGCCCAGAGUCCUGGGCCCGACCCUCGUGCAAGUCCCCGGAAGCCAAGGAGCGUGAGUCCCCGUCCCCUGCAGCCAUGCAGCCUGUCCAGCUGCCCCGCCUGGCCUUGUCUCCACCGCUCCCUGCCCCUCCACCGCCACCCACGCCGCUGGCCCAAGUGGCAUCCUCAUCCCCUAGUCCACCUCCUCCUCCUCGGCCCACCUCAGCCCCAGAACAGUCCCUGGACUUCCUGCGGGCUCAGCAGGAGACUGCCAAUGCCAUCAGGGAGCUGGCUGGCACCCUUCGGCAGGGACUGGCCAAACUGAGUGAGGCCCUCAGCACCCUGUUACCCCUUCUGCCGGGAACCCCAGCUGACCCGCUGCCUCCGCCCCCACCGCCACCUCCGCCCCCACCUCCCAAGCCAGCCCUGCCGCCACCUGCCCCCAAGGUGGAUGUUGCCCAAGAGCCUGUGUCCGUGGUAGCUGCUGUCGUGGAUGGGGCCGUAGUGGCAGCUAGGGGGGUGAUCAUGGCCCCUAGGAGCGAGGAAGGGGUGCCCAAACCACCCCCAGCUCCACCGCUUCCCCUCCACGACUCGCCACCACACAAAAGGAAGAAAGGCUUCCCUACACGGAAGAGGCGGGGCCGCUGGAAGUCUCCGUGAAAUCUACUCCUGUCCACGCUCCUGCCUGCAACCCUCUCCCUGCUUGGCGCAGUCGAGGAGGAAGAUGCUCUUUGCCUAUCCCAGCUGUACCCUGGCUUUCUGCUCUAGGGAAGUGAGCACCCCACUUCCUGUGCUAGUUAGUGCCUGAUUCUGUGGAUGGGACACCCUCAGCUCCCUGUCUCUGGUACAGUGGUGUCUGCCUGACUGCCUCCUGUAACCCCAACUUCUAAGCCAUCCAUUUUAUGUUGUUAUAUUGCCUCUUGUGGGGUGGGAGAGGACCUCCUGGCUCUGCGACAUGCCCCUUUGCCUCAUAGUUGCUGUUCUUGAAGAGAAGCCUCGCAUGGGGGCCUCCCCACUCCCCCAGCCCAGGCUUGGGAAGGGUGGGGGAGUUUGCUAGACAAAUCAGAAUGUAGAAAGCGGAGGACUUCAGGG